AUGUCCGAUGUUACUUCCCCUGCCCGCGACGUCCCGGACUUCCUUCUCGAUCCCCACAACGGCCGCACCUUUGUGCCUACUGCACACCAUGAUUCGUAUCCCGCCAUCGACCUCGCCAAGGUCGACCUACCGGGCAAGGUUGUGCUCGUCACAGGCGCAUCCAAAGGCAUCGGCAAGGCGACCGCGCUAACCUUUGCAAGAGUUGGCGUGUUGGGCCUCGUGCUCGUUGCGCGCUCCGACAUGGAGACUCUCAAGGCAGAGUGCCUCGCUGUGCAGCGUCCCGGGCGUCCACUGAAAGUGCUGACGCUCUCUAGCGUUGAUGCCACGGACCCCGGGCAUGUCGACGACGCUGCGAGGAAGGUUCAAGAGACCUUCGGACGCCUGGACGUCGUGAUUAACAAUGCUGGUUUUAUGGAGACGCUUCUCCCCAUUAUCAAGUCGGACCCUAACGAGUGGUGGAAAACCUGGGAAGUUAAUGUUCGUGGGACGUUCAACGUCACACGCUCCUUCCUCCCGCUCCUCAUCGAGAGCGGAGGCGACAAGACUAUCAUCAACAUGUCGAGCAUUGCUGCCCACCUCGUUCUGCCUCAGGGUUCUGCCUACACGACGUCCAAGUUAGCACUGUUACGUUUCACAGAAUGUAUUAUGGCGGAACACGGGGACCAGGGCGUCCUCGCCUAUGCUGCCGACCCCGGUGCGAUUGCCACCGACAUGGCUAAGGCGUUACCCGACGUUAUGCAGAGCAUGCUUAUUGAUACGCUUGAACUGGCGGCGAACGGCGUUGUAUGGCUCGCGCGGGAGCGCAGGCCGUGGCUGGCCGGGCGGUACGUGAGCUUCAUAUGGGACGUGGAUGAGCUGUCCGCCAAGGAGAAGGAGAUCGUAGCUGGAGAUAAGCUUAAGGUCAAGCUGGUCAUCUGA